AUGACUACUAUCCAAGAGGUGGAGGUAUUUGACAUGUGGGGGAUUGACUUUAUGGGGCCAUUCGUCAGCUCAUAUGGUAACAAAUACAUACUGGUGGCAGUUGAAUAUGUCUCCAAAUGGGUUGAAUCUGUGGCUCUCCCAACCAAUGAUGCAAAGGGGGUGACAGGCUUUCUAAAGAAAAACAUCUUCACACGUUGUGGCAUCCCGAGAGUUUUAAUCAGUGAUGGUGGAACCCAUUUUUGCAAUAGAGCGUUCGUACGGUUGUUGGAAAAGUAUGGAGUUCGUCAUAAGGUGACCACCGCUUAUCACCCACAGUCAAGCGGGCAAGUUGAAGUGUCAAACCGAGAAAUCAAAAGUGUCCUAACCAAGACAGUGAAUGCGAUAAGGACUGAUUGGUUGAAUUUGGAUAUGGAGACCACAGGCACCAGUAGAGUCACUGAGUUACAUGAACUCGAGGAAUUCAGGUUCCAUGCAUUUGAGAAUGCAAGAUUGUACAAAGAAAGGAUGAAAAUGAUGCAUGAUAAGCAUAUUCUAGAUCGGAACUUCAAAUCAGGAGAUCUAGUGUUGCUAUACAACUCGAGACUAAGAUUGUUUCCGGGUAAAUUGAAGUCCCUAUGGUCAGGACCCUUCAGAGUGGUGCAAGUGUUCUCAAGUGGAGCUGUAGAAAUUGAAUCUGAAGAUGGAACAAAUAAGUUCACAGUGAAUGGGCAACGGUUGAAACAUUACCUUGGAAUGGUCACAGAAAAGGGGGACAGAGUGGUGAUAUCUUUGGAAGAGCCCCAAUAUAUGAGCGAAGAGUAA